AUGGCAUCUCAGCUUUCCUCGCUAGCUACGCUGCUACUCCUAGGAUCCUUCCUAGCGCCAGUCAACUCAAGUGAUAUUCCUGCUCAAGCCCAAUUGAUUGACCAAAGAGUCUUCAAUGUCCUCGAUACGACUCAGCCCCCGAGCGAAUUCAAUGCGAAGAGUCUGUUUGUGCCUCCAGGCUCGACAGGAGACAGUCUAGCUCAGCAACCUUUCCAUGUAUACGACAAAGAAUUUCUCAAGAUCCUUGGGGAAGCUCCAACUUUAACCCGGAUCGCACACUCGCCCAAGGACCCCUUAUUCCAUGAGGCGGUUGUAUGGUCCAAGGAAACGGACGAGGUGUUUUUCGUCCAAAAUGCAGGCUCUAAGAACGCCAGCACCGGUCUGGAAAAGUCGGCGAUCAUUGAGAAGAUCUCUCUUGCAGACGCUGCCGCUGUCUCCCAAAAAUCAGAUGCUGUCGGCCUUGUUGAUGUAGCCACAGUUCCUUCAUCGCCAAUGGUUCUCAAUCCAAACGGGGGUACCAAUUACCGGGGACAGAUCAUCUUCGCCGGUGAGGGUCAAGGCGAUAAUGAACCGCCUGCUUUGUGGGUUAUGAACCCAAAAAGUCCAUUUAACACCACAGUUAUUCUUAACAACUACUUCGGCCGCCAAUUCAACUCUCUGAACGAUGUGGCUAUUCACCCUGAAAACAAAGAUAUCUACUUCACAGACACGAUCUACGGCUAUGUACAGGACUUUCGCCCUGCCCCCGGUCUGCAGGAUCAAGUCUACCGGUUCAACCCCGAUACAGGUGCUGUGACAGUUGUUGCGGAUGGAUUCGACCAUCCCAAUGGCCUCACUUUCUCUCCAAAUGGCAAGUACGCAUAUGUCGCCGAUACCGGAAUCGAUAGCGGCUUUUUCGGUUUCGACUUCACCCGCCCUGCUUCUAUCUACCGAUUUGAUGUGAAAGCGGACGGCACCUUCGAAAAUCGCAAGACCUUUGCCUUUGUUCACUCUGGUGCACCUGAUGGCAUCCACUGUGAUUCAUGGGGUAACGUAUAUGCCGGCUGUGGCGAUGGUGUCCAUGUCUGGAAUCCAUCUGGCAAACUCAUCGGCAAGAUCUAUCUUGGAUCUGGGACGGCGAAUUUCAAUUUUGCUGGAAAGGGAAGAAUGGUCAUCUGCGCUGAGACAGACCUUUACUACGCUACGUUAGCCGCAGCUGGGAGUUACGUCGACAGUGAGAUGUAA